AUGGUGAAGUACCAAGCUGACAAGCUCCAGCGCUGGGCAUUGGUGAUGUCCACCUUCCCGUACACCAUCGAGUCAGUGUCGGGUGAAGAUAACGAUUUCGAGUGGCCGACGGCCCAGUCGGUCCUCAAGUCUCAGAAGAAUGGCCUCCAGGACGAAGGUCAGCCUCCCCCUGGAGUUACUUGGAACGAUGACAUCAAAUUUUAUGUCACUCCGGGAGACAAGAUUUGGGUCCCGGACGACGAUCUGGAUCUCCAACAGCGGCUCUGUGUGAUUACCCACCAAGGAGCAGCUGGCCACCGUCGAGUGGCGGCGAAGAUGCAUCUGUCGCGGGGAAUCAAGGAUGACAUGAGUGGCUUCGUCCGGUUGUUUCCGUCCCAGACUGCCGAUGUCACGGCAACGGCCGCCGCUCUCAUGGACUGUUUCACGACGUCUGGAAUAGUCACGACAUGGGUGUCCGACUGCGGGUCCCAUUUCAAGAAUGAAGUGAUCGAGAAGGCGAAUGGAUCCGUCGAAGUUGUCAACAAAAUGCUGCUUCCGGCCGUGAAGGCCUUGCUUAGUGAGUGGCGAUUCCCAGCUACGCAGUGGCCAAUGGUGCUAUCCCUUGUUCAAGGGGCCCUCAAUCACCAGCUGUCGAACCGGCUUGGUGGCCUUGCUACUGCGACGGCGUUUGGUGGAUUCGACGCGACCUCACCGUUGUCCUGGAUUGUGCAUCCGACGACCAAAGAAGUCUGGGACGUUGAUUGGCUCGACAAGUCCCGGAUCAAGCACGUGCAAAACCUCCGAAAGUCGAUAGACGAGAUGCACCGUGAUGCGUCGGUCCGUAGCGAAAAACUACGUAGCCAGGCGAUAGCUAGACAAAGGAAGAAAUAA